AUGGGCAGCAUAGCACGUUCGGUGACAGCAUAUUUUAUGCGCUCUUCACGCAAAGAAUGGAUGGAUUAUUUUAUGUCAACUCAUUUUUGGGGACCUGUCGCCAACUGGGGACUACCGUUGGCGGCGAUUGCUGACCUGAAAAAAGAUCCUGACAUGAUAUCAGGACCUAUGACAACAGCGUUAUGCCUUUAUUCAUCGGUAUUCAUGCGCUUUGCAUGGCAUGUGCAACCACGAAACAUAUUACUGUUCAUUUGCCAUCUCACAAAUGUCACUGCACAAUCCACUCAGAUGGCUCGAUUUCUGAAUCACUACUAUUUGCAUCUCAUUGAAGAUCCGGCAAUUGCUUCAACAAAGCAGCAAAAGUCUGAAGCUGAG